AUGCCUCUGGAUCUCCACUGCGUCGAGUCGGUCAAGGCGCAUGAGGACGCCGUGAAUGCGUUGGCAGUGUCGAACGACGGGACAAUGUACACCGAGUUGACGGAUUGUCAAAUUUGGGUGCGGUCCAAACCGUUCGGGGAAGAUGGGAGCGGGGUGGGAUCUGGGUUGGGUGGUUCUGGUUUUGAGUUUAGGGAAGACGGGGAGCGAAUGGAAGAAAGGGUGAAGGGGAGGAAGUUCUUAUGCAAUAUUUACGAACUUUUACAUGAUCCUCCAUCGAUUGAUCAGGGAGCUCGAUUUGUACGGCCACGAUCCGUUCGAGUUGCCGUAGAGCGCGUGUUACUCAACGGCCACGGAGGGAGGAAGAGGCACUGGUUCUGCUACACGGUUAGGGUUUUGAAGGAGGCGAGGGCGAAGAGCGGGUAUUGGCGGAGGCAAGGGCGGUUUAGGGACGUGGUGGGCCGCGGAGGGAAGGUGGUUCCGGGGAGGAGGUCGAGCUUUGUGUUUUAUUUUGGGAGUUCGCCAAACGACGCCGUAAGGACUGAUUGGGUUCUCUAUCAGUAUGCUCAGGUCGAUCAUGUUAAGGCUGCUUUUGUCCUUUGCCGUAUUUUGGUGAGAUCUCGUAGUGGAAAUAGAAUAUCAGAUCAUGGUUUAAGUUCUUAUGCUGAAGAAAGUGCUCGCACUGUUCGUCGCAUUGGAAUUCAGCAUGAUGGAUUUCAUACUCCCAGUUGUAGUGAAAAUGAAGUGCAUGGUGACACUUCUGUGCCUAGGAAAAAUGAGAUGUCAAAAUAUCCGAGGCUGGACCCUGAGCUAGAUGAUCGAGUCAUGACAAGGCCUGUUUCUAUACCAAGAAUUCAGUCUAAUGAACAGGUGCCAGCAUCUGUGCUCGGUGGUAGGAAUCCAAUAUUGCUUGAUAAUUUGGCGGCCAAGCACUUACAUUCCAUUCUGGAGGGUGAUUUUAUAGAGUUGGAUGAUCUCAUCGAUUGAGCAUCCAAUAUAAAUAAUAAGGCAACUGGAUCGUUCCUAUUAGAGGGAGUCUCUGGGUCUCAAAGAGGUGGAAUCAACCUAAAUUUUCAGACUAAAUUACUGAGGUGCUAAAUUUUCAUUUGAGACAAACUGUGCAUACGCUCUGUUUAAAUGCACAGCAGAGGAUGAGAAGGGUUUAAGUACUGAAAACCCUUUAAGAAACAUUAACGGAUAAAGUAUAAUGUUGGUUACGAAGUGGAGAGAGAUGAAUGGCAGGCACCAACACCUGUAAAGAUUUGCUCUGUGCCUAAAAAGGGGCAAGGGCUUCACUUGAACAAGAAAGACUAAUACGUCUGAUGAUGGUAAAUCCGAUAUCGAAUCUGUUAGUAUCAGCCGCUUCAGCAGGUUUCAAUCCAGCUGCCUUGUAUCUAGGGGUGGAAAAAAUUCCCGAAAAUCCCGAACCGAACCGAAAAAAUCCCGAUCCCAAACCAAAAAUUUCCCAAACCGAAAUUCCCGAAAUUUUGGGGAUGCUAUC